AUGGCGCAACCUACCCAGCUUGCUUACCGUACCUCCAAGCAUGUCGGAGUCUUUGACGCCGCUCCCGUCUACGAGAAUCUGCCCGCUUUCGAUAGACCCGAAGGCAACCUUCGAUGCUGCGUUUACUCCCCCGACGGCCGCUUCUUCGCAUGGGCCGCACCCGACAGAGUCACCGUAAUCGAUGCAUCCGUGGGCCACGUUGUGACCAUCCUCCCCGCCGAGAACGUCUAUGAGCUCGGAUUCUCGCCCGCCGGGACAUAUAUCAUAACAUGGCAGCGGCCCACAAAGGAUGAAGAAGGCAAUACCACCAAGAAUCUCAAGGUCUGGCGCACGCUCGACGAGAAUGCGGGCCAAGCCGGCGAAAGAGAUGUGAUCGGCAAGUUUGUACAGAAGAACCAGACCGGGUGGAAUCUGCAGUACACCUCCGACGAGCAGUUCUGCGCGCGCGCGGUCAACAACGAGAUUCAAAUCUACGAGAGCAAAGACCUGGCCAAGGUGUGGAACAGACUGCAUGUGGAAGGCGUGGCGGACUUUGCGGUUGCCCCGGGCAAGACGCAUUCGAUUGCCGUCUUUGUCCCGGAGCGCAAGGGCCAGCCGGCUUCGGUCAAGGUCUUCAACGUGCCGCAGUUCAAUGCGCCCGUCUCGCAAAAGACCUUCUUCAAGGGUGACAAGGUGCAGCUGAAAUGGAACGAGCACGGCACGAGCUUGAUCGUGCUCGCGCAGACGGAAGUGGACAAGAGCAACAAGAGCUACUAUGGAGAGACGAACAUGUACAUCCUCAGCGCCAAUGGAGGCUUCGACUCUCGCAUCCAACUGGACAAGGAGGGGCCCAUACACGAUGUCACCUGGUCGCCCAAUUCAAAGGAGUUCGCCGUGGUGUACGGUUACAUGCCGGCCAAGACGACCAUUUUUAACGUCAGGGCUGUGGCGACGCACAGCUUCGACUUGAAACCUAGAAACACCAUUCUUUUCUCCCCCACCGGUCGGUUCCUCAUCGUUGCCGGCUUUGGAAACUUGGCGGGGCAGAUGGACAUCUACGACCUGGAGAAGAACUAUCUAAAGGUCUGCACGAUCGAGGCCAGCAAUGCAAGCAUAUGCCACUGGAGCCCCGACGGCAAGCAUAUUCUUACCGCCACCACAAGUCCCAGACUGCGCGUCGACAAUGGCAUUCGGAUUUGGCACGUGGGAGGCGGCUUGAUGUACAACGAAGACAUGCACGAGCUCUACCACGUCAUCUGGCGGCCGCAGUCUGCGGUUCAGCACCCAUCGGAAGACCCCCUGCAUCCCGUUCCGACUCCUCAUGCGUCCGCCCUGGAAUAUCUCGGCAAGCUCAAGACGCCCUCCAAACCCGCUGGAGCGUACAGACCACCAGGUGCACGCGGAUCCGCAACUCCAUUAGCUUUCAAGCGUGAAGACGAAGGUGGCGCAGCGUUCGUCCGCGACAUCAUGUCCGGCAAAGACCACGAAGCGAACGGCUUCGCUCACCGGCCUAGAAGGCGCGAAGUCCCCGGAGCAGAGACGGUGGAGCCGAAACUACCUCCCGGCGCCGCGCCAGGCGGAGGUGUCAGUCUCACCGCCGCUGAAGGUGACGAAAAUCUGAGUAAAGCGGCGUUGAAGAACAAGAAGAAGCGAGAAGCGAAGAAGGCGAAGGAUGCAGAGGCCAAGACCGCGGGCCUCGCGGCGCCUACAGAGAACGGAGGCGGUGCAGCACAGGCUUCCCCAAGCCGGAGUCCAGAGCGACGAAGUCGUCCGCACUCUCCUUCUCGACCGAAGAGCGGAUACGAAACGCCACGAAGAAGAGAAGGAAGCCGACAACGCGGCCCACCACUCAACACCACCAUCCCUCCCCCUAACGGCCAGCCCGCACCAGCAGCAGCACCCGCACCUGCAGCCCCGGAACCCGUCGCCGCCGCUGCCGCCCCAGAGCUCACAGUCACCACUCCCGGCGCCGGCUCACCGCACGAAAAGAAGAUCCGAUCGCUGCUUAAGAAGCUUCGGGCCAUUGACGAUUUGAAGAUGCGCCAGGCGGGCGGCGAGAAGCUCGAGGGCACGCAGGUGCUGAAGAUUGGGACCGAGGCUGGGGUGCGGAAGGAGUUGGCCGAUGUGGGGUAUCGGGAUGAGUGA